AUGACUAGUGCCAUGAACUUAAAAAACUGCGGAUCUGUGCUGGUGACAGGAGCCAGUCGAGGUCUCGGGCUGCAGAUAGUACACAGCCUGGCGAGUGGAGGUUUCUCCCCAGGCAAGAUUAUAGCCACAGCCAGAAACCCAGUGAAUACACAGAAACUUCCGGAACUGGCAGAUAAUCACCCUAACAUCCACAUCAUCACCUUGGAUGUGUUGAACCAGCAGAGUAUAGAGAAGUGUGUGGAGGAGGUGGGCCAGCUGGUGCAAGGAGAGGGUCUGAACUGCCUGAUCAACAAUGCAGGGAUCAAUGUGGUGGCCGACUUCCAUACUGUCACUGCUGAGAAGAUGAUGGAAAACUUCCACACAAAUGCGGUGGCUCCUCUAAUGAUCACCAAGGCUCUCCUGCCUCUGCUGAAACUAGCUGCAUCCAAAGGUGGAGCAGGUGGUGAGGGAGGGAUGGGCAUCAAGAGGGCGGCAGUCAAACCCUUUCAUGCAUGA